AUGGAACGCAGGCCUCAACGCAGGCUUAGAUCAACACCACCGACGAACUCCAGCGGCGAUGGACUCUUUGACUUUGACAACGACGAAAACGGCAUUGCACCCGACGAGGAGCUGUCAAUUGUAUCGUGUGCGACCGCUGGAACGAAGAUGUUACGCCAACUAGCAAAUAGUGAUGAAGUGCAACGCAAGAAGCAGGAAUUGCAAAAAAUGCGGGAGUUAGUGAUGGAAAAGCGAUCGUUGAAAAAGGAGGAGAACAUUGACGGCAGCGAGAAAGCCUUGUCAGAUCCACUCUCAGAUGACCUCUACACCGCUUACCAUCGGAAAAUGCAGAAACAGGAAUUGCGGAUGGUUAAGCAGGACGAAGUCCAAAGCGAAGCAGAGGCGGAACGGUUGCGGGGUGUUUUGGAGAGCCUCGAGUCACAGUACUGGCUGAAAACGUUGUUGAAAACGACCAAGGUUUGCGAUUCUGGCGACUUAGAGGAAAUUUCCCGCAAACGAAGGCUGACCCAAGAUGCAAUAAACAACAUGUUGGAUAACUUUGACGAAUUCAAAACUCGACUGGCAUUUUUGAGCCGCCGUGGUAGACUAGGAAGCGCAAAACACUUAUAUGCCCGUUCUGGUGCCGCUUCAGAACUCCCAAACGCCCGCAUCGACCAUUAUAGACGGCCACCGUUCGGGUAUGGUGACAUUGAUCUCCACUCGGAUGGCGAGGAAGAGUCAAUGACUAAUGCGCAGAUAAAAGCUCAUAGGAAACGCUUGAAAGAAGAGAAGUUUGGAGGGACAGUAAUCAUUCAACUGCGCAAGGAUGCCGUCAGCAGUUAUAGUUUUGCUAUAAUCGCUGAGCCUCUGCGAUCGGCAUCCAUUGUUGAAUGCACCAGAGCCGACAAAAAGGAGUGGUCGCGAAAGUCGGAAACGCUGCCCUCCCGCUUCGAAUCCCACGAGCCGUUCCCUCCUCAGACGUACACUUCAAAGCCAAUUUACAGUUCUGACCGAAAAGGUUGCAAUAGUAACGGCACCUUCAUAAGUCCAAAAAAAAGGACCCGCAAUGAGACUAGCGAAACCGAACUUGCAUCUCCCAAUGCAACAAAGCAAAUUAGAAAGACUCGCAAACAAAAAAGCAAUCCUUAA